AUGUUACCCAUUGUGUCAAUAUAUUGUGGGCAUUCUGAUAGAAAUGAUACAAAUGUGUUCAUUGCGUAUGGCAGUCAUAGUGAUGCUGAAGCAAAGGUUAUACCGAAACCGGUCACUCAAACUGGGAGCACCAAACAUGAACCAAUUACGACAGUAAUGUAUGAUGAACCAGUGGAAGAUGUUGUAUUUGUACCAAAUGAUAAACCAGUGUUUCGUAAUGGGGACGUGUUUGAUGAUGUCAGAAUAAGCGACGUUAUCGAUAAAACAAGAACUAGUGACCUAAUGCGAAAUAGAAAUAUUCAAAUGGCAGAUACUGGAUACUCAGUAGUUUCUAUGGAUUACUGCAAAGGUAUUGCACGGCGUGAUUCUAGGGCUCCUAUGACAAUGUACAUGCCGGGUCCGAAGUUAAAAGAAAAAAACAUUGAUACUAGACGAAGUAUUGUUUCUAGAAGGUCUUUGACCAAGAGUGUAGAGGGCCGUAAUUGUGACCAUGAAUGUCCUGUCUCUUGUACUGAUGAUUACAAUCCGCUAUGCGCAAUAAAUGAAGUCGGUGCAAGAAAAGUAUUUCUAAACCACUGUCAACUAGAUUUAAAUUCCUGUUCGCAUAAACUUGUUUGGCAUCUUAGACCUCUAUCAGAAUGCGUGGGUGGACGCAAAGCUGAUAUGACACAAAACAGAGGCUUCAUCGGUUGGAUGCAGCGUGUUGGCAUAGUCGAUAAGAAAGGCAAAUUAGUAUUAACAUAG